AUCGAUAGAGGAAGAAAAUUAGGAUAUUAUUACGAAACAGAUGCGUAAGCGCAUAUAACAUAUUUCAUUUAUCUCUUGACCGUUGACACGACUGGACGCCUAUCAAUGGCAUUAUUUAUAUUUUUAAUUUGUGCCUUUACUGUAAUUGUGAAUGCAAAUUGGCAAUCCGAUUAUGGGCCGUUCAAGAACGUCCUGUAUUCGAAGUGGAUUACAUGUGACCACAGCAAGAAGCUUGACCAGGACGUCAGCGAAACAGAACUCUACUUCUAUGAUUUCCAAAACGACUUUAACGUUAGCUACAAAAUAAACAAUGCUGUUGAUUCAAUUACCAGAUAUUAUAACUUGGACGUAACAAGACAAAUCAAGUUCUUUGUUCCGGGCUAUAAGUCGCAUAUCAAUAGAAAUGCACCAGAACUUAUCAGACAAUCUUUUAAACAAAUUCCUAACGUCUACCUCAUUAUAAUAGACCAUUCUAUAUAUACGUCAUCCAGAGAAGGAAAUAGGAAGAGCUAUGAGCGAUCAGUCUUCUAUUCCUACUACAUAGCAAAAGCACUAGCCAAAGUACUAGCUGACUUCAAAAAUGUUGGAUUCCCAUCCCAAAAUAUCCACUGUAUUGGUCACAGCUUGGGCAGUCAAAUUCUUGGAUACGCUGGUUUCAUUUACUUCGAUUUGACAGCAGAAAAAGUGUGGAGAAUCACUGGUAUAGAUCCAGCUGGUCCUUGUUUCUCCAAUAGUUUAAUAGAAGAGCAGCUACGGUCAGGAGCUGCGGAUUACGUCGAAGUAUUCCAUUGUAACGCUGGUGGUUUAGGAACUACAAGUGUUCUGGCUGAUAUCGACUUCUUUUUAAACGACGGAAAGGUCCAACCGCAUUGCCAUGUUGGAAUUAUUCCGGGUUAUGGCGAGUCGGACGCAGCGAGAUGCAGCCACAAGGCUUGCGUUCGAUAUUGGACCUAUAGCAUAAAAAACCCAGGGUCGUUUUUAGCGUGGAGAUGCGAUUCUUAUAGAGACUUUGCUAGUGGUAAAUGUGCAGGGAAUGAAGUGGCGAUAGCUGGGUAUACGAAUCCUGGCAACACGUCUGGUGUGUUUUACGCGUCCACUGAGACUUACGGUGUUUUAUAAUUUAAUCAUAUUUUAAGUUUUGUGUAAAUUAAAGUGAAAUGAAAGGACAUGAAAUGAUAGAGAAUUGAGUGAAGAUGUAUUAUUUUUUAUGAGUUACCGCAUAUGUAGAGUUUGAGAGGCUGUACGUAUGUACCGUUUACAGUGUAUUUUGAUUACUCUAUAAUCUAUCUAAGUAUGUAUUUAAUAAUUAUUAAUCUCAAUUCUCUGUACAAAAUAUGCAAACAAAUAUUCAACUCAUUCUAACAUUUAACACGCACGUAAACCUUAAAGUUUAAACACCUUUUACUAUUUAAACAUUUUGCUCGCAAUUUCCAUUCUAAUUUAACAUGUUAUUUAGUGGGUCACUUUAAAGUUUCGCAAUCCCUGCUCCUGGUCCUAUUAAGAGGGAUCAUUGAAAUAUUUGUACCUCCAAAACGUCAUUUAUUCAUUCAAUUUGAGUUCCGGACGUUGCCUAAUGAGGUUGCUCCUUGCUCUAGGAAUGUGAUAUUAAGAUGCCCCUACUAGGUGUUCACUGUCUAUAAUAAAAAUGAUAUUAAAAUGUACUCAAAUUUUAAGAUGUUAUUUUAUUGUAUCUUAAAAUUUUCAUGAAACUCACAUGAUAUGUUUAGGAAAAGUUGAAUUACCACAAAAUUACAAUUUGGCUCUAAAAUUUCCGACAUAAUUU